UUUAUUUUAUUUUACUGUAAUGCGGUGGUAAACUGGUAAUGUUCGGCCAUGUUUGAGCGGUACCGGCUUCCGUAAGCGAGUGGCUACGGUGUGACGCAGCGGGCUUAACUUAACGGACAGAUCAUUUCUACUGUCAAGAUGGCGACAUCGGAACCGAAAGCACCUGAAAUUGAAGAGACACAACCUGACAGCCAAGUUGCGAACCAGGAACAGUACAUCAAACAUCCCUUGCAAAACAGAUGGGCCCUGUGGUAUUUCAAAAAUGACAAGAACAAAAACUGGACGGAGAACUUGCGUCUCAUUUCCAAAUUUGACACAGUGGAAGACUUUUGGGCAUUGUACAACCACAUACAGCAGCCCAGCAAGCUCGUUGUUGGCUGUGACUAUUGCUUAUUCAAGGACGGCAUCAAGCCCAUGUGGGAGGACGAUCGCAACAAACUGGGGGGUCGGUGGCUGAUGACCCUCAACAAAGUCCAGCGGCACAAUGACCUCGAUCGCUACUGGAUGGAGACGCUCCUGUGUUUGGUGGGUGAGUCGUUCGACGAGGCAAGCGAUGACGUGUGCGGAGCCGUGGUCAACGUCAGACACAAAGCGGACAAAAUAUCCAUCUGGACCAGCAACUGUCAAAACAGGGACGCCAUCAUCACGAUAGGGCAAACUUACAAGGACCUCUUGAGCAUCCCCAGCAAAGCCAUGCUGGGCUACCAGUCGCACGAAGACACGUCCAGCAAGAGCGGCUCCACCACCAAGAACAUGUACUCCGUUUGAAACGCCCGCCCUCAGUGUUGACGUAACAACUCGGCCGUGAUUUCGGUUUUAACAAUUGCAAGCCCAAAUCAUUAUCAUGGUAACUUUUUUUGGGGUUUUUUUUUGGGGGGGGGGAUUCAACUACCGUAGUGUUGUACUCUCACAUGGG